GGUUUUUUGGAGGAAAUUAGGGUUGGGAGUGAGAAUGUGUUGAGUGUGCUGGAAUUGUUAAGGGUCCUGACAUCGUUCCUCCUCCCCCUUUAUGCAGAAAUUGAGAUGUCUUCGGAAGAGACCAGGAGUGUAGUGGGGAGUGAAGUGAUGCCCCUGGAUUACGGUAGGAUGGAUAUGGAGAGCAAUCCGUCUCCAACGAGUUCGGGGAGGACGGUGGAGGAGAGAAGGGAUGAAGUAAUGGUAGAGGAGGAGGAAGAGGAGAUUCCCUCAAACAUUUUGGAAUCUGGGGGUGGCGUUGAUGGGUGCUAUGACCCAGACUUAGAGAUAGUUUCUGAGGUGAGGGGGUAUGUGAGUGAAUUAGGGAGUAGAAGUAGCUUUAGGGGGUUAGUAGGGAACUGUAACCUUCCCCACCAUGUCCUAAUCAGGCCUGCCGGGGUGAAUGAGAGGGCAUGUUCAGCACCCCGAGAACAUUGGAUGCCCAUAUACCUGCAUUAUUUGAUUGCAGGGCUUAGCAUGAGGGAUGCCGAAGUGGAACAGUUGUUUGCUUGGAAGGCAAAGAAAACCAAGCAGAACAACUAUAAGCUGAACGAGGAUGAGGUGGAGGAAGUGGAGAAGCUGGUGAGGGAAGAUGGAGACGUAGUGGAUAUCUCGUACCUCACCAGUUCGAAGGCAAUAGAAGCUGCUGAGCUCUAUGGGCCAAGCUCAUUGAGCGAAGCUGAGAUGGACGAGUUUACAAGUGCUGUUGGGGGACUGCGCAUCCCAAAGAAGCCAAGGAAGAAGUCAAUGACUUCAGCUGCGGCGAACAGAGGGGUGCCGGAGAAAGAGCGCUUGCCCAGCACCUCUGCUCGGGCUGUGGAGGUACAGCCAAGGGCGGUGCCUAUAAUGGGAGGUGGCGAGGAUGUAAGUGAAGAGGUGGCACCGCUCCAGAGGAAGAAGAGGAGGGUGGCAGAGAUAGAAGCCAGGGGGGACGAGGUGGUGGAGUUCGUGCCCCGGCCUUCUCCUCUAGAAACCGUUCCUGAGGUCCGAGAGAGGGAAGAGGCCGAGGUGCUGGGCCCUGGCAGGGGCGAGGAGCUCAUCCCUCCUCCUUUGCCUGAGAGAAGUCUGUUUGAGGCGGCAAACACGACUGGGGCGAAGCACUACCUCAACCGCACUCUCCCUGAGGUGAAUGACUUCGGAUAAAGUAACUUUAUUUAACACAAGGUUCUGACCUCGAGUAAAGGAACUAACCUUGG